AUGCGGCUUGGGCUGUGUGUGGUGGCCCUGGUUCUGAGCUGGACACACCUCGCCAUCGGCAGCCGGGGCAUCAAGGGGAAGAGGCAGAGGCGAAUCAGUACCGAGGGGAGCCAGGCCUGUGCCAAAGGCUGUGAGCUCUGCUCAGAGGUCAACGGCUGCCUCAAGUGCUCACCCAAGCUGUUCAUCCUGUUGGAGAGGAACGACAUCCGCCAGGUGGGCGUCUGCUUGCCGUCCUGCCCACCUGGAUACUUUGACGCCCGCAACCCCGACAUGAACAAGUGCAUCAAAUGCAAGAUCGAACACUGCGAAGCCUGCUUCAGCCACAACUUCUGCACCAAGUGUAAAGAGGGCUUGUACUUGCACAAGGGCCGCUGUUAUCCGGCCUGCCCUGAGGGCUCUUCAGCUGCCAAUGGCACCAUGGAGUGCAGCAGUCCUGCACACUGUGAAAUGAGCGAGUGGUCCCAAUGGGGGCCCUGUUCCAAGAAGAAGAAGCUCUGUGGUUUCCGGAGGGGCUCCGAGGAGCGGACACGCAGGGUGCUCCAUGCCCCCGGGGGUGACCAUGCCACCUGCUCUGAUACCAAGGAGACUCGGAGGUGCACAGUGCGGAGGUUGCCAUGUCCUGAAGGGCAGAAGAGGAGAAAGGGAGGCCAGGGCCGGAGGGAGAACACCAACAGGAACCCGGCCAGGAAGGAGAGCAAGGAGGCAGGCACUGGCUCUCGGAGACGCAAGGGGCAGCAACAGCAGCAGCAGCAAGGGACAGCGGGGCCACUCACGUCUGCAGGGCCUACCUAG